AAAUAGAACAUAGAUAUUAAAAUUGGAAAUGGUUGGCAACUCUUAUUAUUUAUGCUUCAUCAGUCUUGUUGACAGAACUGGAAUUUAAACAAGAGCUCGUGACCUGCAUGCUUAUAUACAGAAGACGAUCCUGCUUCUAUGUCGUCUAUAUACAGUCCAUGAGAAAAAAGCUAAUGAGAGAUGUAUACAACUUAUGCUUCAUCAGUCUUGUUGACAGAACUGGAAUUUAAACAAGAGCUCGUGACCUGCAUGCUUAUAUACAGAAGACGAUCCUGCUUCUAUGUCGUCUAUAUAUACAGUCCAUGAGAAAAAAGCUAAUGAGAGAUGUAUACAACUUACGCUGGAAAGCAAAUAAAGAGAGUAAAUUUACAUUUCUCUUGUCAAUAAAGAUGUCCUUGUAAAGAUUAGCCCUAUCAUUACCAACACUCCCUGCCUACGUACCUAAAACCAUCCAAGCCAUCUAGCGCUACAUUUGAAAGUGGGAACAAAUUUCAAAUACAAAAUUUUCCUCUAAGUAGCUAAAUAUAGCUAUAAUUAUGGCAACAUUGGCUAAUGUAUUUGCAUAAAAAUUCGAGAAGCAAUAUAUCAAAAACAAGAGCCAUCAAUUGUGUGCGAUUUAACAAAGACUGCCUUAAAUUGUACAUAUAGCGAGAUAAAUUGGAAAUCUCGGUCGAACAUGAAAAUUAAAACGACAAAACAAGCUUUAAUUCAGCCAAAGAUUUGAACGAUAGUAUAAAGAGUCACUUAAGUCUUAAUGCUCUUGCAAGGACAAAAGGCGAUAUGCUAACUGUAUAGAAUGUAAGUAAUCGUUUGAAAAUUUCUCUUAUAUGUAGCAUAAUUAUAUAUCAUAGCAUAUUUAUGAUCCUAUAUACUUCAUUGUUUCAAACAUGCAAGUAUCUUGGUAGGCGUCAAGUUUGCGGUGUACAUGAAGGCAAUAAUGUUUAUAUAUAUACAACUGAUUCAAUCACGAUUGUCUAAGACAAUUUGUCUUCAAAAACUCUAAGCGCGCAAGGGAUGAUGGGUUGUCACUUAUUUGGCCGUCAGAAUAUACAGUUUUUUAGCACCAAAGGGAUACCAAAUUGCCUCGUUUAAGCAAUAAACUAGAGUUCUAGAGUGCCAGAAUGCUCAGAGUCGUCUUGUACACAGCGAAGCAAGAUUCAUUGGUCUCAUGAUUGAUUAUAGGAUUUUAAUAUUUUUGUCCCUUACGGUUUGGAAUAAAUAAAUGUCUCAAUUGGGCCAAAGAUGAUUCAAAGAAAAACAGAAAGAUAAUAAACAUGGAUAACGAAGCUCAUGUGCAGUAUUCCUUCGAAGUUGUACAACCAGAGAUGGUGAAACAAAGCAAUGCAGAUCCAUUCCCUAACUAUAAAUCAUACACAGAACAACCGAAACGUCAUAACCGAAUGUUUCAAAGUAUUUUGAAUGGUGCAGUAGACAGCGCAGAUGAAAUGUCUUUCAUUUAUGAUGUGUAUAGCGAAACAGAGACUGAUCAAGAGAAAAGAACAAAAGCUAUUACCACGCGUUUUGCCAAGUACUUGGACAAUGUACCUGGAAAUGAACCAAUGAUAUUGCUGUCAUUAAAUUAUAUAAAAGAUGGGGAGAUUUUGGUGAUGGCUGUAAUAAAAAUAGCAAAUUUAAAGCCUAUUACCAAUGAAAUAAUUGAUCCAUUUGUGAGAGUUGAUGUUUGGAUAAAAGACAUGGUCAUACUUAAAAAGAAAACAGUUGUGGUUAAACAAGAACUUAAUCCAGUUUUCAACCAAAAGAUGGAAGUCUCUGUGUCGAACGAGGAUAUACAAGAUGUAAGAAUACGUCUGACGAUAGCAAAUUACUGUCCCAGCUUGGAUGAACCCCAGUAUUGGCCUGUGCCCCUGCACAAGUUGGAGGUUGGUGCUAGAUCUACUGGUUCCUGUUGGGAACAUUGGAUAGCGGCUAUGAAAACUAACAAACCAAUAGCUAAGUGGCACGUUUUACUCUGACUACAAAAAUAUGUGCAUGGAUAUGAAUCGAAUUAAUCUAAAUAUCGUUUUUUAAUUUAAAUUUAUAAUGCAAGAAGAACUGCAGGAAUUGAUGUAAAAGUAAAAAUUAUUCAGGUGUAAAUGCUGAUGAAAAAAUGACUAGGUGUCUCAUUUCAGUGUGAUAUACCGUAUAAAUCUUAGUUUUUCCAUUCAUCAUUAUCAUAACGUUAGACUAGCUUCAAGCCUAUCUCAAUUUCUCUGCAUCUGCCCUCCGAAAAGGAUGUAUAUAGGUUUUAAGUAAGUCUGAUCCAACAGCUAACAGUCAUCGGAGUGUAAAUGUGUUACUGUACAAACAGCGGCACUACAUAAUGAAUACAACAAUUAAUGAGAUUGCAAAUUAGAAUUGAA